AUGCGAGUGCAAAACGCAGGCUGUUACGUUUCUUUACACCUCCCUACGGCAUCUGCAGUAGAUUACAGAACAAAAACCAUUUCCAAUAACAACAAUCCUGAGUGGGAUGAAACUUUCAAGUACAGGAUCCAAAGUAUGGUGAAGCAUGUACUGGAACUCUCCCUCUAUGAUGCCACAGUUAAAGGGACAAAACAUCUAUCAACAGUAGCCUUUGAUAUUGGAAAUAUUGAACAUGGGAAUGAUUUGAAGACUACUGUAGACCUGAAGGAUGAUGAGCAACUGGAAGUGGAGUUUCAUUUGGCAAAAUGGUUUGAGAAGUUGGCAGAUAUUAUUUUCAUGAAUGAGGAGGACAAAUUGAAUCAGAUGCAUUAUCACCUUAUCAAAGCCCUCCCAAUUAUUAGCAUCAUGAUAGAAGUAUCAUUGAGCAACGCGUACCCAUCCAUAAGCUGCUUACUUAUGCUCAGAUCAGACUUCACCAAAACCACUGGACCACCAACUUGUCACAGCCUCGAUCUUGACAUAGAUGCUGGAGCUGACGGCAGCUGUGCAAAGUACCAGUGCCUGUCUGUUGACUCUGAUAGUGCAGCGAACUCUGUUGGACUCUCAGACAUUACCAUUGACUUAGCUGAUUCCAAAUCAUCAAUCCAUAUAGAAUCCUUAUUUGAUCAUCUGCUACAAAGUAAAGAUGAAGAGCUGGGGGCCAGGGAUCGGGAAGUUUUCAAAGAAGUGGAGAGCAUGAUUUGCGUCCAAGAGGAAGAUGGGAGAUGGAGUCCUCAGAGGAUUGUUGAGAGGCUUUGUCGAAGAAGGAGGCAGGAGCAUCCACGUCUGUCGCAGAUUCAAGAAGGUGGUGGCAGAGGCGAGUUUGGGCCCAAUACGAUUCCCGACGGCAUCAGCAGUGGCUACAUCGGCGAGGUGGGACUGAAGCGGACUUGUGGCAGUGGCAAAGUCAGGUUUGGGCCAGUGUGCUACCCGGCGACAACGGCGUCUGCUUUGGCAAGGUCCAUCGAGGACUCAGUGGCAAGGACAUCAGUGAAUCAGGGUUCAAAUCCCGCCGUGGCAGUUACCCUUUCAAAUUUGAUUAACCCAGCCGACAUGAAGAUUAAAGUCACCCAUAAUUAUGCUGCUCAACCCUGUACUUGUGUGGAGACCAAAGUGAAGAAGGUCAACAAUCUCCACCAGGUAGGCACAGGUCUUAAUGCACAGUAUAAUAUGUCCAUGAGAGUUGAUGGAGCCUUUGAAGAGGAGCAGGUCACCACACUCAAGCCUCUAUCAAAUCCUGUGUGGGAUGAAAAUUUUUUUUUCCAUAUCGACAAGAGUUUGGAUCCAAAACUGAAUAUUGACUUGAUUCAAACCAGCACAGAGUUGCAGAUUGCAGAGGAUGAAGUCAAACAUAUUUCUCUUCCUGUUCACACUGUCACACUUGCCAGUGCCACAGCUGUGUCCACUAGGACUCAGUCAGAUGACAUGCAUGUUGAAAUGAUGAAGGAAACCUCUGUAGUGGGUUCAGGGACUGUGCCAUUGUAUCAGCUUCCUCUUGGAAAGAAUGUGGACAUGGUAAUGACUCUUGACAAGGAUCAGAGUGUUGACCUGAGACUGAAAGCUAAGAAAUGCUAUGAAGAUCUUGAUGUGCGCCUGAAUUUUGACAUUGCUGAUGCAGAGAAAGAAUUCCUUGCAAAGAGAAAGAAAUUUAGCGCACAAGCACUGAAGAAAGUACUGAACUUAAAGAAGACUCCUAAGGACAGCAAUGUGCCUGUUAUAGCAAUCCUUGCGUCAGGGGGUGGAGUUCGAGCAAUGACGUCCCUUUAUGGUAUUCUGCAUGGGCUACAGAAGAUACAUGUCCUGGACUGUGUAACCUACAUGAUUGGAGUAUCAGGAUCAACCUGGUGUAUGUCUACGCUGUAUCAGGAUCCCACCUGGUCACUCAAGGAUUUGAAAGAACGCAUUGAGAAAGCUAAGGAACAGGUGACGAAAAGCAAGACCAGUGCCCUGUCCAAGGAUCGCUUAGGAUAUUACAUCAAUGCAUUAGUAGAGAAGAAUCGUUCAGGACACAAUGUGUCAGUUACAGACCUGUGGGGACUCAUCAUCGAAUCAUUUCUCUCCGGAAAGGAGAAUAAAACCAAGCUGUCAGACCAGCAGAGAGCUGUAAGGAGGGGACAGAACCCUUUUCCUAUCUAUGCCAGUCUUAAUGUGAGGUCGGACCUCAGCGCUCGAGAUUUUGGAGAGUGGUUUGAAUGCACUCCUUAUGAAGCUGGAAUUCCAAAAUAUGGAGCUUACAUCCCCAUUCAGCAUUUUGGAAGCAAAUUCUUCAUGGGAUACCUGAUAAAGAAAUGCCCAGAAAUGAGAAUCAGCUUCUUGGAAGGCCAAUGGGGUAGUGCUUUCGCAGCAAAUUUGGAGGAGAUCCUGAGGGAGAUGAUAGGCGCCUCCAACACAUGGAUGCAGAACUUACAGGACGCUAUUAAAACAACAGCUAAUCCACAACCAAGAAAAAAUCAACCUGCAAUGCGAACAAUCAUUCCAGGGGGCAUGCUGGACAGUAUGGUAAAGAAUUUAUUUGUGUCACGCCUGACAGGGUCAGAGAUCUGCAACUUCCUACGUGGCCUCUUUCUGCAUCGGCAGUAUAAAGAGAACCAUUACUUCAGGCGUGGACAAAUUCAACACCUGGACUCUUCUCCAAACAAUCUGACACCAAUGACAAAUCAGUUGUACUUGGUUGAUGCUGGAUUCUCAAAUAAUUCGGCAUUUCCCCUUGCCCUACGGUCACAGAGACAUAUCGACGUCAUCCUGUCUUUUAGUUUCAGUCUAGGAUCGCCAUUCAAGGUUCUGAAGAAGACUGAAGAAUUUUGUAAAGACCAUAAUAUCCCUUUCCCUAAGAUUGAUGUGGCAAACAUCCUUGAGAAUAGCCUACAAGAAUGCUAUGUCUUCAUGGAUGAAAACAAUUCCAAAGUUCCUAUAGUAGUUCACUUCCCUCUCACAAAUGCGACAUUCAAAGAUUACGUUUCUCCAGGUAUGAAACUGUCUAGUACACAGCAGCAAAAGAAACCACUGCUGGAUAUAAACAAUGACAAACUAGUGAUUAAAAAAAUUAACUUAAAUCCCACUUCCACCUCAAGGCAUGAACCCUUUCAGCUAAAACCACCAUUCUUAUCCAUCUAUGAAUCAGGAGCUUAUUGGGUUUCCUCAGGCACUCCUGAGCUUUCUUUAAAACUAAUGACUGAGCUCCUCAAAUGUCAACCUGUGUACUCCAGCUCAUGUUCUAUCUCAAGCCUUCGUUUCCUCCAAGCAUCUUUCUGUCACCCUGCCUUAAUACAUUUAUCAAGCCCUGUUUUAAUUCUUCCGACAAUGCCCUCCUGUGAUCCACACAAACAUGAAUCACUGCUGUCUGUAUCUAUUGUAGGAGUCCCACGUACAUCUGAGGAAGAUAAAAUCAAUCACAGUUUUGUCCUGGAAGCUCAGCAUUCACCAUACAGCACCUUGAACUUUACAUACACACCUGAUGAUUUUGACAAGCUGGUUGAUCUAAAUUGCUACAACGUGAUGAACAGUAAAGACAUUAUUCUGAUGAUCUUGAGUAAGGCAUUAACCAAGAUGAGUUGAGCCAUAUGUUACUGGAUUGAAUACUGAAUUGUCAAAGAAACCUCAUUCUUUCCUCUUCAUCCGUCCCUUUUUUUUAAAUUUGAAGCUGAGUCAGCCUUAAUCUCCUCAUUGAUUUCUUGCAUUGCAGAAAUGUUAACAGACAUCUAGCUCAGACCUUGGUCUGAUCUGUUCAAAACAUGUCAUGAGCAAGUAUCAAAUUCUGAUCCGGAAGCGUCCCGCUAGUCUUCCGGUUUAUUCUUCUGGAAAUAGCAAUUCACCAUUGUUGCAUUGGGAUUUAGAACUUGAUAGACAUUCCAGCAAAGAGCAUCAAAUUGUUUCACAUCCUCAGACCUCUACUGCAAGGUCAUCAACAUAUCAAUACUGAAUGGCUCAAAUGUUCCAAUUAGGGUUAGAAACACAAUUUUGAGUCCAACAGGCUUAAAACGUGUCUGCUUUAAAUUACCUUUAUGCUGGAAAUUUCUAGACACAGGGCUCUGGUGAAUCUGUCCAGACAUCCUCAAACCAAGCAAUGGAGAUGGUCAUCAUGAAAACUAUCCCCUUUUAAAUCAGAGUGCCACAUUCUGUAGUUUAAAUGUACAGAAGAUACUGUGAGAGCCUCUGUGGAAUGAUAAGCCUGAGAGUAAAUAGGGAUGUGGAUUAGUGUUUCAACUAG